UGAAAGAAAAGGAUGUGGCCACCAAAGACAGCAAGUUCAAAAUGCCCAAGUUCAAGAUGCCAUCCUUCGGGGUGUCGGCCCCAGGCAAGUCCAUCGAGGCCUCGGUGGACGUGUCUGCACCGAAGGUGGAGGCCGACGUGAGCCUUGUCUCCAUGCAGGGGGAUCUCAAGACCACGGACAUAAGCAUUCAGCCCCCUUCUGCCGACCUGGAGGUCCAGGCUGGCCAAGUGGACAUGACGCUCCCGGAGGCCCACCUGCCCGAGGGAGCCGGCGUCAAAGGGCACCUGCCCAAGGUGGAGAUGCCCAGUUUCAAGAUGUCCAAAGUGGACCUCAAGGGCCCCCAGGUGCACAUCAAGGGCCCCAAGCUGGACCUGAAAGGCCCCAAGGCGGAGGUGACGGCCCCUGACGGGGAGAGGUCUCUGCCCAGCAUGGAGGUGGACAUCCAGGCCCCGGCGGCCAAGCUGGACGGUGCAGGGAUGGAGGGGGACCUAUCCCUGGCCGACAAGGAUGUGACCGCCAAAGACAACAAGUUCAAAAUGCCCAAGUUCAAGAUGCCAUCCUUCGGGGUGUCGGCCCCAGGCAAGUCCAUUGAGGCCUCGGUGGACGUGUCUGUGCCAAAGAUGGAGGCCAACGUGAGCCUCCCCUCCAUGCAGGGGUACCUCAAGACCACUGACCUCAGCAUUCAGCCCCCUUCCGCUGACCUGGAGGUCCAGGCUGUCCAGGUGGAUGUGACGCUACCGGAAGGCCACGUGCCCGAGGGAGCCAGUCUCAAAGGGCACCUGUCCAAGGUGGAGAUGCCCAGUUUGAAGAUGCCCAAAGUGGAUCUCAAAGGGCCCCAGGUGGAUAUCAAGGGCCCCAAGCUGGACCUGAAAGGCCCCAAGGCGGAGGUGACAGCCCCCGAUGUGGAGGUGUCUCUGCCCAGCGUGGAGGUGGACUACCAGACCCCAGGAGUCAAGCUGGAUGGCGUGCGGCUGGAGGGGGACCUGUCCCUGGCCGACAAGGACGUGACCGCCAAAGACAGCAAAUUCAAAAUACCUAAGUUCAAGAUGCCAUCGUUCGGGCUGUCCGCCCCAGGCAAGUCCAUGGAGGCCUCAGUGGACGUGUCUGCGCCGAAGGUGGACUUCAAGACCACGGACAUAAGCAUUCAGCCCCCUUCCACCGAUCUGGAGGUCCAGGCUGGCCAAGUGGAUGUGAGGCUCCUGGAGGGCCACCUGCCCGAGGGAGCCGGCAUCAAAGGGCACCCGCCCCAGGUGGAGAUGCCCAGUUUCAAGAUGCCCAAAGUGGACGUCAAGGGCCCCCAGGUGCAUAUCAAGGGUCCCAAGCUGGACCUGAAAGGCCCCAAGGAAGCUGGCCUCAAAGGGCACCUGCCCAAGGUGCAGAUACCCAGUUUGAAGAUGCCCAAAGUGGACCUCAAAGGCCCCCAGGUGGAUAUCAAGGGCCCCAAGCUGGACCUGAAAGGCCCCAAGGCGGAGGUGACGGCCCCCGACAUGGAGGUGUCUCUGCCCAGCGUGGAGGUGGACGUCCAGGCCCCAGGAGCCAAGCUGGAUGAUGCCCAGCUGGAGGGGGAACUGUCCCUGGCCGACAAGGACGUGACCGCGAAAGACAGCAAGUUCAAAAUGCCCAAGUUCAAGAUGCCAUCCUUCGGGGUGUCGGCCCCAGGCAAGUCCAUCGAGGCCUCGGUGGACGUGUGUGUGCCGAAGGUGGAGGCCGACAUGAGCCUCCCCUCCAUGCAGGGGGACCUCAAGACCACUGACCUCAGCAUUCAGCCCUCUUCCGCUGAACUGGAGGUCCAGGCUGUCCAGGUGGACGUGAUGCUCCCAGAAGGCCACAUGCCCGAAGGAGCCGGCGUCAAAGGGCACCUGCCCAAGGUGGAGAUGCCCAGUUUCAAGAUGCCCAAAGUAGACCUCAAAGGCCCCCAGGUGGAUAUCAAGGGCCCUACGCUGGACCUGAAAGGCCCCAAGGCGGAGGUGACGGCUCCCGACGUGGAGGUGUCUCUUCCCAGCAUGGAGGUGGACCACCAGACCCCAGGAGUCAAGCUGGAUGGUGUGCGGCUGGAGGGGGACCUGUCCCUGGCCGACAAGGGCGUGACCACCAAAGACAGCAAGUUCAAAAUGCCCAAAUUCAAGAUGCCGUCCUUUGGGGUGUUGGCCCCAGGCAAGUCCAUUGAGGCCUCGGUGGACGUGUCUGUGCCAAAGAUGGAGGCCGACGUGAGCCUCCCCUCCAUGCAGGGGGACCUCAAGACCACUGACCUCAGCAUUGAGCCCCCAUCCGCUGAGCUGGAGGUCCAGGCUGUCCACGUGGACGUGAAGCUCCCGGAGGGCCACGUGCCCGAGGGAGCUGGCCUCAAAGGGCACCUGCCCAAGGUGCAGAUGCCCAGUUUCAAGAUGCCCAAAGUGGACGUCAAGGGCCCCAAGCUGGACCUGAAAGGCCCCAAGGCGGAGGUGAUGACCCCUGACGUGGAUGUGUCUCUGCCCAGCGUGGAGGUGGACAUCCAGGACAUCCAGGCCCCAGGAGCCAAACUGGACGACACACGGCUGGAGGGGGAACUGUCCCUGGCUGACAAGGAUGUGACUGCGAAAGACAGCAAGUUCAAAAUGCCCAAGUUCAAGAUGUCCCUGGCCGACAAGGACGUGACCGCGAAACACAGCAAGUUCAAAAUGCCCAAGUUCAAGAUGCCAUCCUUCGGGGUGUCAGCCCCAGGCAAGUCCAUUGAGGCCUCGGUGGACGUGUCUGUUCCAAAGGUGGAAGCCGACGUGAGCCUCUCCUCCAUGCAGGGGGACCUCAAAACCACUGACCUCAGCAUUCAGCCCUCUUCCGCCGACCUGGAGGUCCAGGCUGUCCAGGUGGACAUGACGCUCCCGGAGGGCCACCUGCCCGAGGGAGCCGGCGUCAAAGGGCGCCUGUCCAAGGUGGAGAUGCCCAGUUUCAAGAUGCCCAAAGUGGACGUCAAGGGCCCCCAGGUGCAUAUCAAGGGUCCCAAGCUGGACCUGAAAGGCCCCAGGCACCUGCCCAAGGUGGAGAUGCCCAGUUUCAAGAUGCCCAAAGUGGACCUCAAGGGCCCCCAGGUGCACAUCAAGGGCCCCAAGCUAGACCUGAAGGGCUCCAAGGUGGAGGAGACGGCCCCCGACAUGGAGGUGUCUCUGCCCAGCGUGGAGGUUGACGUCCAGGCCCCGGCAGCCAAACUGGACGGCGUGGGGCUGGAGGGGGACCUGUCCCUGGCCCAUAAGGAUGUGACCGCCAAAGACAGCAAGUUCAAAAUGCCCAAGUUCAAGAUGCCGUCCUUCGGGGUGUCGGCCCCAGGCAAGUCCAUCGAGGCCUCGAUGGACGUGUCUACACCAAAGGUGGAGGCCGAACUGAGCCUCCCCUCCAUUCAGGGGGACCUCAAGACCACUGACCUGGAGGUCCAGGCUGUCCAGGUGGACAUGACGCUCCCAGAAGGCUACGUGCCUGAGGGAGCCGGCCUCAAAGGGCACCUGCCCAAGGUGCAGAUGCCCAGUUUGAAGAUGCCCAAAGUGGACCUCAAAGGCCCCCAGGUGGAUAUCAAGGGCCCCAAGCUGGACCUGAAAGGCCCCAAGGCGGAGGUGACGGCCCCCGACGUGGAGGUGUCUCUGCCCAACGUGGAGGUGGACAUCCAGGUCCCGGGAGCCAAGCUGGACCGCACACGGCUGGAGGGGGACCUGUCCGUAGCCGACAAGGACUUGACCACCAAAGACAGCAAGUUCAAAAUGCCCAAGUUCAAGAUGCCGUCCUUCGGGGUGUCGGCCCCAGGCAAGUCCAUCGAGGCCUCAAUGGACGUGUCUACACCAAAGGUGGAGGCCGAACUGAGCCUCCCCUCCAUUCAGGGGGACCUCAAGACCACUGACCUCAGCAUUGAGCCCCCUUCCACUGAGGUGGAGGUCCAGGCUGUCCAGGUGGACAUGACACUCCCCGAGGGCCACGUGCCCGAGGGAGCCAGCCUCAAAGGGCACCUGCCCAAGGUGCAGAUGCCCAGUUUUGAGAUGCCCAAAGUGGACCUCAAGGGCCCCAAGCUGGACCUGAAAGGCCCCAAGGCGGAAGUGACGACCCCCGACGUGGAUGUGUCUCUGCCCAGCGUGGAGGUGGACAUUCAGGCCCCAGGAGCCAAGCUGGACAGCACACGGCUGGAGGGGGACCUGUCCCUGGCUGACAAGGAUGUGACCGCGAAAGACAGCAAGUUCAAAAUGCCCAAGUUCAAGAUGCCGUCCUUUGGGGUGUCCACCCCAGGCAAGUCCAUGGAGGCCUCAGUGGACGUGUCUGCGCCAAAGGUGGAGGCCGACGUGAGCCUCCUAUCCAUGCAGGGGGACCUCAAGACCACAGACCUCAGCAUUCAGCCACCACCCGCCGACCUGGAGGUCCAGGCUGGCCAAGUAGACGUUACGCUCCCGGAGGACCACCUGCCCGAGGAAGCUGGCCUCAAAGGGCACCUGCCCAAGGUGCAGAUACCCAGUUUGAAGAUGCCCAAAGUGGACCUCAAAGGCCCCCAGGUGGAUAUCAAGGGCUCCAAGCUGGACCUGAAGGGCCCCAAGGUGCAGGUGACGGCCCCCGACGUGGAGGUGUCCCGGCACAGCAUGGAGGUGGAAAUCCAGGCUCCGGGAGCCAAGCUGGAUGAUGCCCAGCUGGAGGGGGAACUGUCCCUGGCUGACAAGGACGUGACCACCAAACACAGCAAGUUCAAAAUGCCCAAGUUCAAGAUGCCAUCCUUCGGGGUGUCGGCCCCAGGCAAGUCCAUCGAGGCCUCGGUGGACGUGUGUGUGCCGAAGGUGGAGGCCGACGUGAGCCUCCCCUCCAUGCAGGGGGACCUCAAGACCACGGACCUCAGCAUUCAGCCCCCAUCCGCCGACCUGGAAGUCCAGGCUGUCCAGGUGGACAUGACGCUCCCAGAGGGCCACUUGCCCGAAGGAGCCGGCGUCAAAGGGCACCUGCCCAAGGUGCAGAUGCCCAGUUUGAAGAUGCCCAAAGUGGACCUCAAAGGCCCCCAGGUGGAUAUCAAGGGCCCCAAGCUGGACCUGAAAGGCCCCAAGGCAGAGGUGACGGCCCCUGAUGUGGAGGUGUCUCUGCCUAGCGUGGAGGUGGAUGUCCUGGCCCCAGGAGUCCAACUGGAUGGCGCGCGGCUGGAGGGGGACCUAUCCCUGGCUGACAAGGACGUGACCGCCAAAGACAGCAAAUUCAAAAUGCCCAAGUUCAAGAUGCCAUCGUUCGGGCUGUCCGCCCCAGGCAAGUCCAUGGAGGCCUCCGUGGACGUGUCUGUGCCGAAGGUGGAAGCCGACGUGAGCCUCCCCUCCAUGCAGGGGGACCUCAAGACCACGGACCUCAGCAUUCAGCCCUCUUCUGCUGAGCUGGAGGUCCAGGCUGUCCAGGUGGACGUGAAGCUCCCGGAGGGUCAUGUGCCCGAGGGAGCCAGCCUCAAAGUGCACCUGCCCAAGGUGCAGAUGCCCAGUUUCAAGAUGCGCAAAGUAGACCUCAAGGGCCCCAAGCUAGACCUGAAGAGCCCCAAGGUGGAAGUGAUGACCCCCGACGUGGAUGUGUCUCUGCCCAGCGUGGAGGUGGACAUCCAGGCCCUGGGAGCCAAGCUGGACGGUGCACGGCUGGAGGGGGACCUGUCCCUGGCUGACAAGGACGUGACUGUGAAAGACAGCAAGUUCAAAAUGCCCAAGUUCAAGAUGCCGUCCUUUGGGGUGUCGGCCCCAGGCAAGUCCAUUGAGCCCUUGGUGGACAUGUCCGUACCAAAGCUGGAGGCCGACGUGAGCCUGCCUUCCAUGCAGGGUGACCUCAAGACCACUGACCUCAGCAUUCAGUCCCCUUCCGCCGAGCUGGAGAUACAGGCUGUCCAGGUGGACAUGAAGCUCCCUGAGGGCCACAUGCCCGAGGGAGCCAGCCUCAAAGGGCACCUGCCCAAGGUGCAGAUGCCCAGUUUCAAGAUGCCCAAGGUAGACCUCAAGGGCCCCCAGGUGGAUGUCAAGGGCCCCAAGUUGGACCUGAAAGGCCCUAAGGCAGAGGUGACGGUCCCCGACGUGGAGGUGUCUCUGCCCAGCGUGGAGGUGGACGUCCAGGCCACAGGAGCCAAGCUGGACACCAGGGGGCUGGAGGGGCACCUGUCCCUGGCUGAAAAGGACGUGACCACUAAAGACAGCAAGUCCAAAAUGCCCAAGUUCAAGAUGCCGUCGUUUGGGGUGUCGGCCCCAGCGAAGUCCAUUGAGGCCUCAGUGGACGUGUCUGUGCCAAAGGUGGAGGCCGACGUGAGCCUCCCCUCCGUGCAGGGUGACCUCAAGACCAGUGACCUCAGCUUUCAGCCCCCUUCCACCAACCUGGAGGUCCAGGCUGGCCCGGUGGACGUGAAGCUCCUGGAGGGCCACGUGCCCGAGGGAGCCAGCCUCAAAGGGCACCUGCUCAAGCUGCAGAUGCCCAGUUUCAAGGGCCCCCAGGUGGACGUCACGGGCCGCAAGCUGGACCUGAAAAGCCUCAAGGCUGAAGUGAUGGUCCCCGACGUGGAGGUGUCUCUGCCCAGCACGGAGGUGGACAUCCAGGCCCCAGGAGCAAUGUUUCACGGCGCGGGGCUAGAGGGGGACCUGUCCCUGGUCCACGAGGAUUUAGCUGCAAAAGACAGCAAGUUUCAAGUGCAAAAACUGAGCACGUCUGGUGCUGAAUGCUCGUCAAAGAAAAUUUCCGUGUCAUCCUCUGAAAUCAAAGGAAAUGUUACAUUCCGUGAGAAGACUUCAGCAUUUCCCAUUGUGGAGUCUGUUGUUCGUGAAGGUGAUCUUCAUGAUCCAUCACGCGACAGUAACCUGGGGCUUGCUGUUGGAGAAGCUGGAGUGGAUUCGAAGUUUAAGAAACUGCAUUUUAAAAUGCCCAAAGUUUCAUUUUCUUCUGCCAAAACUGCUAAAGAUAGUUUAGUCUCAGGUGCAGAAUCUAGCGUAGGUCUUUCCAUGAUUCCCUUAUCAUCUUCAGAAUCCCCAAGUUGUGAAUUACAGCAGGUUUCGGGUGGUUCAGAGCCAUCCAUGCAGAUGCCUGAGGUUGGUUUGACUGGGUUUCCAUCAUCACGGAUUGAUCUCACUGGUCCUCACUUUGAAUCUUCUAUUCUCUCUCCCUGUGAGGGUGUUACACUUACAAAAUACCAGGUGACCGUUCCCAGAGCUGCCUUGGCCCCUGAGCUUGCUCUGGAAAUUCCUUCUGGGUCUCAGGCUGAGUUUCCUCUUCCCAAGACAGAGUGCUCUGCUGACCUGCAACCUCCAGAGGGAGUUCCAAUAUCUGAAACGGAGAGUCACUCUGGUCCACUGAAUUCCAUGAUUCCUGUUUCUCUUGGUCAGGUGUCUUUUCCUAAAUUCUAUAAACCAAAGUUUGUGUUUUCAGUUCCCCAAAUGUCAGUUCCUGAGGGAGACUUACAUGCAGCAGCGGGUGCCCCAGUCAUGUCUCCUCUUAGCCCUGGAGAGGGAGUGCAGUGCCCCUUGCCAAGCACCCAUCUGCCAUCCCCAGGCACCUCUGUGUCCCAGGGUCCGGAAGAGCUUGUGGCCUCCUUGCAGACAUCAGUAGCGGUCCCCGGAGAAGCCCCUUCUGAAGAUACUGACCACGAAGGGAAAGGGAGUCCCUUCAAAAUGCCUAAGAUUAAGCUUCCAUCAUUUAGGUGGUCCCCGAAGAAGGAAGCAGGGCCAAAGGUGGACCCAGAAUGCAGCGUGGAGGACUCAAAACUCAGCCUGGUUUUAGACAAGGAUGAAGUGGCCCCGCAGUCUGCCAUGCACAUAGAUCUGCCUCCUGAGAGGGAUGGAGAGAAGGAAAGGAGCACAAAGCCUGGCUUCGCUAUGCCAAAACUUGCACUACCCAAAAUGAAGGCUUCUAAGAGUGGGGUCAGCCUGCCACAGAGAGACAUGGAUCCUUCUCUUUCUAGUGUCACAGCAGGGGGUAGCUUUCAAGACACAGAAAAGGCCAGCACUGACGGUGGUGGGGGAGGACUUGGUGCAACAGCAAGUGCCACAGAAGGUGAGGGUGUGAACCUCCCCUGUCCACAGGUCCGCAUUCCCAGUUUGGGCUUUGCCAAACCUGAUCUCAGAUCCUCCAAGGCCAAGGGGCAGGUGAGCCAGUCUGAAGCUGACCUGCCUCUUCCCAAACAUGAUCUGUCUACCGAAGGUGACAGCAGAGGAUGUGGGCUCGGCGAUGUCCCAGCAAGCCAGCCUUGUGGGGAGGGGAUAGCUCCCACACCUGAAGACUCCCUCCAGCCAUCCUGUAGAAAACCAGAUGCUGAAGUCCCCACAGUGGAAAGCCCAGAGGAGGAAGCCACGACCAGGGACUCACAGGAAAGCUGGUUUAAAAUGCCCAAGUUCCGCAUGCCCAGCCUUAGGCGCUCUUCCAGGGACAGAGGCGGGGCUGGAAAGCUGGAAGUGGCUCAGACACAGGCACCUGCAGCAACAGGGGAUGAAGCAGCAGCUAGAAUCAAAGAGUUCCUUGUUUCUGGGUCAAACAUGGAGGCAAGUAUGUCCCUACAGCUCCCAGAGGCAGAUGCAGAAGUGACAGCUUCUGAGAGCAAAUCAUCCACAGAUGUUCUAAGGUGUGAUCUUGACAGCACAGGCUUGAAGCUGCACCUUUCCACUGCUGGAAUGACCGGGGAUGAGCUUUCCACUUCUGAGGUCAGGAUCCAUCCAACCAAAGGACCUCUCCCUUUUCAGAUGCCUGGCAUGAGGCUUCCAGAAACCCAGGUUCUUCCAGGAGAAAUAGAUGAGACUCCUCUUUCCAAGCCAGGACAUGACCUUGCCAGCAUGGAGGAUAAAACAGAGACAUGGUCAUCCCAGCCUGAAGGUCCACUUAAACUGAAAGCUUCAAGUACUGAUAUGCCAUCCCAGAUUUCUGUGGUUAAUAUGGAUCAACUGUGGGAAGAUUCUGUACUAACUGUCAAAUUCCCCAAAUUAAAGGUACCGAGGUUCUCCUUCCCUGCCCCCAGCUCAGAGGAUGACGUGUUCAUCCCCACUGUGAGGGAAGUGCAGUGUCCAGAGGCAAAUAUUGACAUAGCCCUUUGUAAGGAAAGUCCAGGGCUCUGGGGAGCCAGCAUCCUGAAGGCAGGUGCUGGGGUCCCCAGGGAGCAGCCUAUGGAGCUUAACCUGCCUUUGGAAGCUUCCCCAAUUUCAAAGGUCAGAGUGCAUAUUCAGGGUGCUCAGGUUGAAAGUCAAGAAGUCACUAUACACAGCAUAGUGACACCAGAGUUUGUAGAUCUCUCAGCACCCAGGGAUUUUUCCACUCAGAUUGUGCGGGAAUCAGAGAUCCCUGCAUCAGAGAUUCAAACACCUUCAUAUGGAUUUUCCUUAUUAAAGGUGAAAAUCCCAGAGCCCCACACGCAGGCUAGAGUGUACACAACAGUGACUCAGCACUCUAGGACUCAGGAGGGCGCAGAAGAGGCUCCCACACAAGCUGCCCCAGGAGCAGACUCCAUUUCUGGAGAUCUCCAGCCUGACACUGGAGAACCAUUUGAGAUGAUCUCUUCCAGCGUCAAUGUACUGGGACAGCAAACACUCACAUUUGAACUUCCUUCUGGCCAUCAGCUUGCAGACAGCUGUUCAGAUGAGGAGCCAGCAGAAAUUCUUGAGUUUCCCCCUGAUGAUAGCCAAGAGGCAACCACACCACUGGUGGAUGAAGGCAGGGCUCCAAAAGAGAAACCAGAAAGUAAAAAAUCUGGUCUGCUCUGGUUUUGGCUUCCAAAUAUUGGGUUUUCCUCUUCUGUUGAUGAGACAGGUGUCGAUUCCAAAAAUGACAUCCAGAGAUCUGCUCCUAUUCAAACACAGCCUGAGGCACGACCAGAGGCAGAACUGCCUAAAAAACAGGAGAAGGCAGGCUGGUUCCGAUUUCCCAAAUUAGGGUUCUCCUCAUCUCCUACCAAGAAAAGCAAAAGCACCGAAGAUGAGGCAGAGCUGGAAGAACAAAAACUUCAAGAAGAAACAAUCACCUUUUUUGAUGCCCAAGAAAGUUUCUCCCCUGAAGAGAAGGAAGAGGGUGAACUGGUCAGGCCUGUGAGCACUGGGCUGGACUCCAGAGUGACGGUGACAUCUGCGGCAAGAACAGAGUUAAUCCUGCUAGAGCAGGACAAAAAAGCUGAUGAUGUAGGCAAAGGCUCAGUCCUGUGACCAAAUGAAGGCUGAGAGGUAUGGCUCAUCAGCAUAAGAGAGAUGCAAAAAACUAAGUUGGAAAGUAAAGGCUACACACACAUAUGGAGCACCCCAUCCCACAGCACAUUACAUCCACCUCACUUCACAGAACUGAGAACAGAGCAGAAAUGACCAGAACACCUUUGUCACCAUCACACUGCCCUCCUAAAAUGGAACCAAAGCUUUGGAUGCAAAGAAGGCACCCUGACUUCCCACAAGACACCAGAAUUCACACGGUACUCAGAGGCAUUGCUGGGAAAGUUUGUUGGUCUUUAUUAGAAAAAUUUCAAGAGACCUGUCCAUAAUACCCAACAGAACAUGAGUGUUUCUUUGAGGAAAGGGUUCUAAUGUCUGUGGUGUACGAGUAGUUUUUGGUAUAACUUCUUUCCUGCUGCUGCUGCUUCCUGGCAAACAUAGUUUUCCUAUUUCAGGCAGAGUGCGGUAUAUUCCAGGAGACACUGUUUCCUUCUCUCUUAGCUUACUUCUUUGUUGAAUUCUCACUAAUGGCAAGCUUCAAGAUGUUUUGUGUGACAAUACACACGUGCUAGGCAGAAGGUGAUGGCGUCCAGUGGCUGGCAGCCGGGUCAGCAGAAGCCAGGACAUCUGUGAGUUGUCAUUCUCAUCUAUCCAUGUCCACUUGCUUGCCAGCAUCCACCAGUGCCUUGCCAGCGUGCACGGUCCCACACUGUGGCCCCUGAGUCUCCUAAUGUACAUGCUGCAGCCAGAAUGCAGAUGGAGCUGGCUUGGCUGUUCCCUGGAUGGGCAAUAAAGAAAGUGCUGCAUCCCA